CGGGCGCAUGCGCGCGGUCGCAGUGCCUGUCGGGAGUCGUAGUCCUGAGAGGGGAAGGCAGGCUUGUUUGAGGCUGGUCCUGCUUCCCGGGAUUCUUGAAUUGGUUGAACCGGCGAGGAAGGAGAAAGAGGAAGGAAAGAAGGAAGGGAAGGAAGGAAGAAGGGUUUGGCUUUCAAGGAGCAGCAGGAAGAUGAAGAGGAGAGGAAGAGAGGAAAGGGACAAGGAGGACAAGAAACGGAAGCUCCUUGAUGAACUUGGAGAAAGCCGGCUUCCAUAUUUGACGCCUGAAGAUGAUGGCUUCCAUCAACUGUGGAAGACAAAAUACUCCAAACUCAUCCUCAAAAAUGCUGAGAUGAUCCCCAAAGAGGUCCAUCAAGGAGUUCAAGAGGCCUUUUUGACUCUCCGAGAGCGUGCUUGCUUCUUCCGAGAUCUCAUAAGGAUCAAAGGAAAAGAUUUUGUUACCCCAGUAUCGCGUAUAUUAAUUGGAAACCCUGGAUGUACUUACAAAUAUUUGAACACAAGGUUAUUUACGGUCCCGUGGCCUGUGGAAGGUUAUGAAAUAAAUUAUUCCCAUCCAGAAAUAUCCAAGGCUUGUAAGGCAUUAAUCAAACUUAAUGACUAUUUGCAUGGAGAAACUGUCCUGGCUUUGCGAGAGCAGAGUUUGGCCGAGACAAAAGAAAGGGAAGAUUCUCCUGUCACCGAUAGCCAUCGGGAUUAUGUGCCUCCCAUUACAGGGACAGGGCCCUUUUUGCAAGAUCAAAGCCCUUCUCAUGUCCCUAAGAAUGACUGCGCCAAUCUGAAAGGGAGAACGUCUUACAACCUGACGUUAUUAAAUUAUAUGGAUCCACAACAAAUGCCGUUCUUGAAACAGGAGCCUUAUUACGGAAUGGGGAAAAUGGCCGUGAGCUGGCAUCACGAUGAAAAUCUGGUGGAAAGGUCAACGGUGGCUGUCUACAGCUAUUGCUGUGAAGAAUCCUCAGCUGAUAAUCUUGAGAAAGAAGCUUCAAAUGGCAGAGACCCAGCCAUCUGGCACGUUGCCUUGAAAGUUGCUUGGGAUAUAAAGACUCCAGGAUUGGCACUGCCGCUUCGCCAGGGAGACUGCUACUUUAUGCUCGAUGAUUUGAAUAUGACCCACCAGCACUGUGUCCUGGCUGGCCAGCAGCCCCGAUUCAGCUCUACCCAUAGAGUGGCAGAGUGCUCUCAAGGGACUCUGACGUAUAUUAUGGAACGAUGCAAUGCAGUACUUGAGAACUUGCAUACUGAUGCGGAGUCGAGAUGCCCAUCUUUGAAAUCACUGGAUGUCAGAGAUAUAAAGAGAACGGGAGAAACACAUAAUGAGGUUGAGUUUGAAUGGCUACGGCAAUUUUGGUUCCAGGGUAAACGUUACCGAAAGUGCACCGACUGGUGGGAUGAGCCAAUGGCAGCUCUGGAAGAAAGAUGGAGAAAGAUGGAGUUAAAGACAAGUCUCCUGCUCUGCGAAUUCCGAAAAGAAGAACAGAUGGAGGAACAAAGAAAGGAACAAAUCGGUUGCCUCUUGCCCCUCCUUAUAGAACGUCAGGAGCUGCGCCAGGAAUGGCUCACAAGGUGCCAUUCACAACUUGCAGACCGUUUACCAGAAGGUGAGAAGCCAGAAUGCCAUCCUUACUGGGAAGACGAUGACGCUAGCAUGCCGCUACCAUUCAACUUAGAGGUUAUAAUUGCUGAGCUCCAGAAUCUGUUGGAAAGCUAGAAUUGUGUUCAUCAUGUUGUUGUUUAUUUGUUCAGUGCUUCCGACUCUUCAUGACCGCAUGGACCAGCCCAUGCCAAAGCUCCCUGUUGGCCGUGUCCACCCCAGCUCCUUCAAGGUCAAGCCAGUCACUUCAAGGAUACCAUCCAGCCAUCUUGCCCUUGGUUGGCCUCUCUUCCUUUUUUCCUUCCAUUUUCCCCAGCAUCAUUCUCUUCUCCAAGCUUUCCAGACUUCUCAUUAUGUGGCCAAAGUACUUCAUCUUUGCCUCUAAUAUUGUUCCCUCCAUCAUAAACUAGCCAAAUUUUCAAUGGCAGAUUUUUGUAUGAUGGUUGAAUGAAAAGUAAUGCCUCCACCUUUGUUACUUGGGUUUGGGUGGGAAUAUUUUAAUAAAUCAAAUGCAGAAAUAAUCCUUAGAAUGAGCUCUUUAACUAUCACUAUUCACUUUUCCACAUAAUCACCAGACAAUUGGAUACAUUUCUGCCAAUGAUGAACAAGUUUUCUGAAGACGUCAAAGAAGAAGUCGACACUCUGUUUCCUCAACUAGCUUCUCCCAGUUCUCUCAACGUCUUCAUCAGAAGCAUAAUGAUGUCCCCGCAGAUCUUCUUUCAUUGUCGGGAACAGACAGUGCUAAAUUUGAACUGUAUGGAGGAUGCUGUAUGGUGAUGAGAUCAGUCUCUGAAGUUCUGCUGUGGUGGCAUGUGAACUGUGUGAUCUGGCAUUGUUAUGCUGCAGGAUUUUUUUUCCUUUUCUUUUUGGACCCUUGUUAGCUAUUGUUUCAAAGUUUGCAGCGUUGUGAUGUAACGCUCUGAAUGUAUUGUUGUUCCACAUUCAAGGAAAUCAACAUGAAUAAUACCACCUGCAUCCCAGAACACUGUUACCAUGAUUUUUCCAGCUGAGGGUUGUGUCUUGAAUUUCUUUUUCAGGGGUGAGUCUUUGUGUUGAUUUUUCCAUAGACUGACGCUUCGUCUACGGAUCGUAAUGGUGUACACACAUUUCGUCUCCUGUCAGAAUUGAAUGGGGAAAGGCACCACCUUCAUUCUCGUAACGCGAAAGGAGUUCCUGGCAAAUUUCAUGUCUGUGCACUUUCAUUUCAGGCAUCAACAUCCUGGGUACCCAUUGUGCACAGAUCUUCCAAUAGCCAAACAAAGCAAUAAUGUGACCUACAUGUUCUUGUGAAAUGCCGAUUAUGCUUGAAAUUUCUCUCUGAGUGAUACGACGAUCGUCAUGAAUCAAUCUGACAACCUUUGGCUUGUGAAUAAGUUUGUUAUUGCAUCUUUAUCCUCUUUUUUCAAUUGUUUAUUAUUAUAUAAUGAUAAUACAGUUAUACUAGAACUUCUUUCUAUUUUAAUGUUCAUUGUAUCCUCUAUUUCUCUAAAUACUUUCCCCCAAAAAUUAUUUACAUAUUUACAUUGCCACCACAUAUGUAUAUAUGUUCCUGAUUCUUGGCAUCCUCUCCAGCAAUUUUUUUAGUAGUUUGUGAAACUCAGUGGUUGCUGUCACAGGACGUCCAACUCUUUGUUUGUCACGCAAGUCAGAUGUUCCCACCUCACGUUGUUUAAGUCGCAUUGACCAACCGUCUGUGCAGGGUUCCAUACUUUGGACUUUAACAAUACAACCGUUCAAUACUAAGGCUUCCCACCAAAAUGGAACUGUAGAGGAGAGUCUACUGAACAAUCCAGUACCUGCUGCAUACCAGUACUGCCAUCUGUUGAGUUACGAAGGUGGAGGCAUUACUUCUCAUUCAACCCUCGUAGAUUGGAUUCCUGAUUGGUUGGGCCUCAUUGCCCAGCAUCCACUAUUGGGCAAGGUUGCCCAGUCAAAUAUGCAUUCUUUCCAUUAAUUUCAUGAGAACUUUGACAUAUCUUCAUUUUCCGGUACAGUUCUCAAAUAUAUCCACCAUGUACAGAUCCAUAAAAAAACAACUCAUCUGCAAAUGAGAUGUUUUAUAGUUUCUACAAAUUUUCUAUUAGAAUUCUAAACCAAACUAUUCAAAUGAUAACUGAUUUUGAAAUUUAUAGGCCAACCUCACAAGCUGUGAGGAACGAAGGAACUUGUGCUGUUUUAAGAUUUUGCAGGAACUGGAAAUCUCAUCAGAGUGAUUUUGACACUAUUCCCAUCUCCGGGUAACCUUGGAGCACCUCUUUAAAAUUCCAUAAAGCAUAGCUCAGGUUUUCUGUGUCUCUUUUAUUCCCCUUAUGAUGAAAGUGGGGAAAAAAUAAAGAGAAGGAUAAACAUAUAAUAGUGUGUUUUGUAUCCCCUUUGUUCAUUAUGUGUCAACGGCUUAGAAUGCAGCCACAGGAAAACACAUUAUUGGUGGAUAUUUCAAAUGGAACUGUAGAGGAGAGUCUACUGAACAAGCCAGUACCUGCCAAAUACCAGUACUGCCAUCUGUUGAGGAGUUACGAAGGUGGAGGCAUUACUUUUCAUUCAACCCUCGUAUUGUUUUCUCAAAUGUAGAUCUCUCUAGUCAUGCCAGUGGAGUCGUGAAUUUGUUCUAAGUUUUGGUCUGAAUAUUAAAGAAGAUAAACCUAUUUGAGAACUAGAAUUCAGUACAGAUAUCACAGAUUAGAUCUGGAGAGGAGUUACUACUCUAGUGUUAUGAAAAGUGCCAGCUUCAUUGUCUCUUUUUUACAAAAACAUUAGAUUAACUAUUUGUGGUAGAAUGCCAAGUUUGCAAACUUUGCAUUUAAAAAAAUACAAUUCAACUGUUUGGUUCGCUCCUGACAUGAUAAACUAUUUGUGGUGGUAUAAUUAAGGAUGUAACCAGAAAAUCACAUCAUAGGUAAAAGAACAUGAAAGCAACAUUACUUGUGGUUUGUUUUGAAGUUGGGAAAGCAGACAAUGCCACGCUGUUUCAGAUGGUCUGUGCAAAAUAAAGGAUCGUGUACAAACUGUU